AAUGGCGGAUGACUCUGUUGCAGAAAAGCUAGACGACUUGACUCUCGAAUUUUUCGAGAAAUUUGAAUCGUUACAACGAAAAAGAGAGGAACUUUCUAAGGCAAUGCGAGAUGGAUAUUUGAACUUAUCUCAAGCUCGUUAUUCCAUGGGUAAUAAAGCUGUAGGACCGCUUCAAUACAGUUCUCGAAUGCAAGCUCUGGUUUCUGUGUAUGAAAAUAAUGCCAUGCAAUUUGAAUUACAAAAGAAUAUUCCUGGUCACUCAGAGAAUAAGAAAGAAGAUCAAGAGGACGAAUCUUCGAGUAGUGGACUGAGAAAAAGGAAGGGAACUUUGCCUUCAAAAGAAAAUGGCGAAAUUAGUGAAUCAGUUGACGAUAACUUGGCAUUUGGGGUACAAGAAAUAGAACUGAGUGAUAUGAAAAAGAAGGACAAAACUGUAGGAAGACAAGAAACCGUAGGAAAAGAUCCUUUAAAAUGGUUUGGGGUUUUGGUGCCGAUGUGUUUACGGACAGGUCAAAACGACUUUAGAUCGGCUAUCGAUUUGUGCUGUGAUUUAGUUAAUUUAGAAAAUGAAAUGAAAGAUUUGAUGAAGAAUUUUAGGGAAUUCAAAGCACUUAAACACAAGCAGCAAUCCACAGAAAUAGAAAAUGAAUGAUUCCAGUUUUAUGGCAAAUGGAAAGGAUAUUUCUUAUUUUUCUAAAAGGUGAUAUGAACAGCUGAGGGACAAAAUUCAUAAUUAAUUGAUAUAAUGGAAGUAUGGCUAUCAAACAAAACGGAUACAGAUGUUAUUAAAAAUACCGAUGAUAAA